AGUAAUUUUUAUAAUUUAACACAUAGCUACGCUACUACAAAUUGCCCGUAUUGUCAGCAUUUUAACACAAUCUGCACGCUUCGCUGAAAUGCUUCUCCUGGCCGGCGUAAGGGAUGGAAGGGCUAACAGAAGUGUGAUAUGCGUCCUGCUGCCCAUGGCUGUCGCGGUGUUGCUGUCGGUCGGAGUUGAUGGGAUCCAGGAGGAGAACAAACAUGUCCAAGAACAAACGCCACAAGAGAAAGCACCUACUGCUCAUGCCAUUGGCCCCGAGGUCAGUGGAAAUGACUCCAGCAAAUCCGAGAACCUGGGCUUCAUCCAUGCCUUUGUAGCUGCCAUCUCUGUCAUCAUUGUCUCUGAGCUGGGAGACAAGACGUUCUUCAUCGCUGCCAUCAUGGCAAUGCGCUACAACCGCCUCACCGUGCUGUUGGGGGCAAUGCUAGCCCUUGGCUUUAUGACCUGCAUCUCGGUGAUGUUUGGUUAUGCCACCACCAUCAUCCCCAGGAUCUACACAUACUACGUGUCUACGGCUCUGUUCGCCAUCUUUGGUGUGCGCAUGCUGAGAGAGGGGCUGAAGAUGAGUCCAGACGAGGGUCAGGAGGAGCUGGAGGAGGUGCAGGCUGAUAUUAAAAAGAAGGAUGAGGAGCUGCAGAUGUCUAAGCUGUUAAAUGGGGCUGCAGAUGUGGAGUCGGGCUCAGGAUCAAGCCAUCCUCAGAGGAAGUGGCACAGCUUCAUCUCGCCUGUGUUCAUCCAGGCCUUUACCCUCACCUUCCUGGCAGAGUGGGGAGACCGCUCUCAGCUCACCACCAUCAUCCUGGGUGCCCAGGAGGAUCCUUUUGGAGUGGCGGUGGGUGGUACUCUGGGGCACUGUCUGUGCACAGGACUGGCUGUGGUUGGAGGAAGGAUGAUUGCACAGAAGAUUUCUGUCAGAACUGUUACAAUCAUUGGUGGGAUCAUGUUCCUGGCCUUUGCCUUCUCUGCCCUCUUCAUCAAACCGGAUGCUGGAUUCUAAUUGGAGGGAAGACUUUCAGGCAAAUUUUGUACAUAUCUGAAAAGCUCAACUAUGUUUAUUUAGUGUGUGUGUGGUUGAGAGGGAGAAAUAUGGAGAAUAUUCUCUAAUGGGACUGAGCGAGUGUGUGUGAUUUCUGUUCUCUUGUCUUACUAAGUCUGUGAUCCCUCACCGGUCUGAGUCCUGAGUCCUACACUAAGAACAAGACUUACCUCUCCCUCACACUCAGGCCCGUCAGUACUGGGCUUGGGUCUGUUUAUUCAUUAAUUCCCCAUCCUUAUUAUUAUAUUAUGCUUUAAAGUCCUACUCCAAUCUAAUUUUCACCUCAUUUAACACCUGAUUUACGUAACGGGGGGCGCUUUCCUCUUUUGUUCUCUAAUGCACCAGCAUUGUUCCUCAAGCAAGCCGGGAAGUCAAUGACAUCAUAGGGCACCAUCAGACCAACUCAUCAAAAGCCCCCCGCCCCC